AUGGAGUUCUCGCUCGACCCUGAUGACUUGGACAGAGAGGUUUGGCUGUGUGCUGUGAUCGUGCUGGAAGUGAUGUUGCUCGGCAAGAUUCUGUGGAUGGCAGUGCAGCAGCGCAAAUCACUGACGGCGUUUUGGCGGAGAUGCCAAUGUUGCAUCUCAUGGCGUUCGCCCGAUGAUAGCAAGUUCAGCCAAGAGGAACUGAGAGUGAUCAAGAGCCGGGUCCGACAAGCCCGUGCUGAGCUGGCAGUUAGCGUGAACAGCUAUUUGCUGGCUUGCUGGGGAUUUGCUUGCCUGUCGGUUCAGGUCAAUAUGUCUCUAGGCUCUCCGAGAUGGAUGUCACCGCAGUUCAGUUGGCUUUGCGCCGUUCACCUGUGUUUUUUUGGUGUUGGCUUCCUUGUUCCGCGGGUGCUGCGACCAGGCACGCUUGACAUGUGGUAUUUGUGCGUCGUGAUGUUGAUCGCUUUGACAAUUUCCCCCAUGGCUACCACGAGGGUGCAGAGCACUCAGGUGGCCAUGGCCUCAUUUGCGGUAGUCCGGGUGCCUGCUGUGCUGGUUUGCACAAGGCCGUGGUUGGUAAUCGUUUGUGAGACGGGCUUGGUGGCUAUAACUCAAUGGCGGGCCUUGACAGGUACCUAUUCAGCUGAAAGCUACACCAGUUACGAGUCCUCCCAGCUCAAUCUGGGUCAGACUACUUUGUGGAGCUUUAUGCUUGUGUCUCUGGCUUCCAUAGCAGUCCAGCGAUCGUGGCACAGCCGGGAAGCGCAGGGUUUGCUGAUUAGCAACGCGACAACGGAGCUGUCAGCAGCGACGUCUCUUCUCGAGCUUACUUGCGAUGCGGUGGUGGAGCUCGAUGGUGACUUACAGCUCACGGCUCCAGGUGCCGACGUCGCUUCUCUGCUGUUGAAGGAUCCGAGCGUGUCGCUGAAAGGCAAGUGCUUCACAGAGUUUGUCGCGACAAGCGACGAGGCAGAGCGGGCAGAACAGCUCCUGAGGGGGUCCGACAAAGGCGUCCACACGGGCGCUUUCCACACACGGUUGGUCGAUAGCUGUUCCAGCAAGUUCCGCACGGAGGUCUUCCACGUGGGCUACAGCCGACUGGGUGGACAGACUCGCCAUCUGCUGGGUUUGCGGGACUUCACGGAUCAAGCCUCACUUGCGGGGCGCAGGGCCGUGGACAGCACCGUGGCCCGAGGAGCAUUUGAGCUUGGGCCAAGCGAGGGCCAAGAGAAUGGGAAAGAUCUGCAGAGCUUGCAGAGCCGAUCUGAAGCAGAGGUGAACCGACUAGAAGAAAUUCGGAACCUUGUCUUCGUGCAGAUCGACAUGGACAGCUUGCAAGUUGUCACGGCAUCAGUUCGCACCCCUUUCUUCGCAGGCAAGCCUUUGAACGAGAUCCUUGGUGAAGCAGAGAUGAAUUUCUUCCAGCAGGUAUGGCAGCAGGUGCAAGUUCUUGAUCAGCGCAACGAGCUGGCAACCAAAGAGCUCACCGUCACAUCUUUGUACAUGCAAUGGGGGUUCAAGGAGGUCUGCAUUUCUGGGCGUAUCGAGGUCACGAAGCAGUCAGAUGGGCAGCUUGGCUUCUUGUUCUGCUUUGAAGUCGAGAUGCUCGUCGCGGUCCUCGCGUCGAAUUUCCCGUGGUCUGAGCUCGGGGCACAGAAGGUUGCGUGCAGACAACGCGAGUUUACAAUGAUGGACCUGUGCCAGUUAGGCAAAGAUCAAAACUCAGGUGCUUCACGCGUUGAUGACCUCAUCUCCGUUUCUUGGGCACCUGCCGCUGCCAAGCACAAGCGUCUCGUCAGCUUCCUGGCCGACGCAAAGCAUGAGGAGCAGCCAGAUGCUGUCAAGAGCGCUUCUGCGACUUCCGGUGUCGCCUUGUACAACCCGGAGAACCGGCGAAUCUUCCUGGUAGCGGCUCCAGUCACUGUCUUGGCUGCCGGCUUCUUUGAGUACUGGGGCAAGUCCCGGCUAGCUGAGACGGACCUGGCAGCGCCCCUGCCGAAGGUCGUUGAAGCUGCCGAGAAGGAAGAGGAGGCUUCCAGCCUGCGGAGCGCUAUCAAGGUCCUGGAGCCCUAUGUGACGGGGCCCACGUCCAUGAAGUGCGCGGGUUAUGCAGCAGCUCAUGUCGCCCUGCUGGCCAUUGCACUCUACGUGGAUGUCGCACUAACGCAAUGGAACGGAGUCUUCUGGUCCGCUCUGCAGAACCAUAAGUCCAAGCAGUUCUACAGCUUGCUGUGGGACUUCAUCAUCAUCACGGGGGUCACUGGGUUCGUUGGCACCUACAGCGACUACCUCAACGGCAUGUGGCACCUGCACGCACGCGAUCAUCUCACCCGCCACUUCAACGGGCUGUGGGUGGGAAGCGGGGCAAUGUGCAUGAUGCGGCAGUGCGAGGUCCAGGUGGACAACCCGGACCAGCGCAUCGAUCAGGAUGUGGAUGAGUUCGUGGGAUCCACACGCGAGCUCUUCUUCGGAGGACUUGGGUCGCUGGUAAGGCUAGCCAUCUACUUCCCGAUCUUGCUGCGCUCUGCGCCGUCACCCCUGCUAGGCUUCGUCCUCGUUUGGCCCGUGUUUGGUGCAGUUGUCACACACAAGCUCGGUCGCAGUUUGGUGCCCCUCUCCCUCGCCGGCGAGUCGGCGAAUGCCAACUUUAGGUCCGAGCUCGUGCACGCACGCGACAAGGCGGAGAGCUUGGCGCUGAUGCAAGCAGGCCCUCAGCUCGCGGCGAGCAUUCAGGAGCGCUUCGAGGUAAUGAAGCGCGUGGCCUACGCAGAGUUCGACAUUACGAAGUUUCUCAACUUCUUCAAGAUGAUGUACGAGGAGUAUGGCACAGUAGUGCCUUUCGUAUUGCUGGCUCCCGCCUAUUUCACUGGUGCCCUCGAUCUGGGACAGCUGAUGCAGUAUCUCGGUUCGCACUUCUCCGAGAUGCCGUACGCCCUUAACUCUGAUAUCCCGCACAGUGAUUUCGGGCUUCGAAGUAGCAGUGGGUGCCGAAAUUCGCUUCGAAGCAAGCAGGUUACAAGAUUUCUGAACACUAUACCCGAAAGGCCAGGUAUGCGUCUUAGUGAAGAAGCAGAUGUGGAACAGUGGUGCGUAACACUCGUCAUCGUCAUGGUUGAGGAAAGGAAACUGAGCCCCAACCACAUGGCCUUUGAAGGCCCCAAACACUCCAGAGCCCGAAUCCUCAUCAGAGUUGAGGUUGAGAAAGCCGCCAGGAGUCGCAAGAAAAGAGGUUCCGAAUUUCGAGCAUUGAUCCGUGUGCUAAGGUACUAA